AUGGUUCAAACAUUACAGUUGCACUUACCUUUGUUGAUGAUUCUACGGUUUUCCACGUUAGCGCUACCUUUAUGUGCCGGUCAAGCAUUGCAGCCACAUACACAACAAAAUAUAUGGGAAUCAUUUGCACCUGGCGAACUUUUACGUCUUUUAGAACACUCCACUUACACAAUACCGUUUAAAUAUAACGCAAUAGCACAACGCCGGUCAGACGAAAAUGCUGCAACACCGGAGAAUACUAUUUAUUCAACACCGAGGGAAAUACACAAGCGUUCCAAUACAUCGCCAGCAACAUCAACCGAUAAUACAUACACUGCGGAAGAUCAAUUAAAUGCACCAUCAAGCGCCGAGUUCAAUUAUGACCAGGCUUAUGAAGAUUUUGUACGCGAAUAUUUUGGCGACAAACUAGCAGAAGACAGUGAUUCAAAUGAAAAGAAUGAAGAAGAAGCACUUGAUGGGGAGGAAAGUGAAGAAGUGGAACAAUUGGAAACGGAACACAAUUCUUCAGCGGAAACGGAACUUUUGACAGGGGAAACGAAAAAACGCACACAACGUAGGACUAAAGAAAAAUGCCGGCACGUCAAAAAGCACAAGCAAAAUUGUAUGGUUUGCGAAAAUGCGCGCACUGGCGAAAAAUCUGAAACAUGCUCUUUUUCGCGUGCAAGUGAACCGCAGCGAUAUGCUUUCCAAAAAGAAACAAGCUACAAAAAACAACGCGAUGCUGAAGAGCCGUCCUCGCAAAGCGAAGAACAAACAUCUGCCGAAGAAGCAGAAGUAGCGGAAGCAGAUACAAUUAACGAAAAAAUUGACAAUAGAGAUUUUGUGGGCAAACGAGACAGCAAAAAGCCGCCAAAAGAUAGUAGCACUUGCAUACAAUUGGUGAAACGGGGGAAGAUCUGCUAUCAGUGCGUGGAUGGUGACGGCACAUCCACCAAAUGUUAUGUGCCCGCGAAAAUGAGCAACGGCAGCAAUAAUAGGCAGCGUCCAGCCAAGGGUAACGAACACAAAGUGCAGAAAGCACAGCAACGUAUUUACAAACGAACAAUUUCAUAUUCCUUUGAGAAGGGUACCAAUGGCACCAUGGAAAAUGUAACGCCAAUUGAGGCAUCGGAGGUGGAAAACACAACUGCCACAAUUAGUACACCACAUUUGAAAGAGAAGAUAUUCAUCAAGGUGAUAAAGCAAAAUGAAACCAUAGCGGAGUAAUUUUCCAAUCCUCUUUCUGUAUUCAAUGUAUAUUCGCGGCGUAUAUAUAGUAUGUAGGUGUGCUUAUGCAAACUAUUAUGCAUAUAUUUUAUUUUGUAAU